AUGGUGAUUUCCGGUGCAGCUUAUGCUGUUUCGAGAAAAGCGGCUUUUGCUAUUCAAAAUGGUAAUUUUCCUCGUUUAUUCUUGUUGAUACAUCCAAUUGCUUCGGUUAGGUUGUGCUCUCAAUCUUCAAUUGCUAUUACUAACCAAAGAGAUUCGAAGCGUCGAACCCAAACCCAAUUCGGCAAAUCUUUUAGUGAUAAAUGCAAGUCUGGUUUCUCUAAUCUUGAUGAUGCCCUAACUUUAUUCAACAACAUGCUUCAAACGAAACCCAUUCCAUCCAUUGUGUGUUUCAAUCAGCUUUUAGGGUCCUUGGCUAAAAUGAAGCAUUAUUGGACCGUGAUUUCUCUGUUUAAAAGGAUGGAUUCAUCUGGAGUGAUCGUCAUCAAACCUGAUCUUUUUUCGCUGAACAUUGUUGUUAAUUGUUUCUGCCACUUAAAUCGGCUUGGCUUUGCUUUCUCUGUGUUAGGGAAAAUCUUCAAACUCGGGUUUGAACCUAGUUAUGCCACCUUCACUACUCUGAUCUGUGGGCUUUUUGCUGACGGUCAAAUGGACAAAGCAGUGAAGUUUGUUGAUGAAAUUGUAAGUAUAGGUUUCCAACCUAAUCACAUUACUUAUGGAACUUUAAUUAACGGAUUAUGCAAAACUGGAAGGAGGAAGUCCGUCUGA